AGGUGCAAUGAUGACCAGCACAUCCUCUAUGAUGAGACGGGUCAAGCUAACGCCAAUCAUGAUCUUGUGGGCAAAUAUUUUACCAACGCAGUGAGUCUCCUUUCGGAUACACCCAAUAAAUGAAUGAUGAGUUCCAAAAAUGCUUUCAGAUGUUGAAUAUGGAAUGGGAUAAACGACUUCAAUACAUCUGUGGGAAAUGUUGGCAGCAUAUCUGGGAAUUUCAUCAAUUCCAGAAGUCCAUUAUUGAGGCGCAGAAGGGUCUACAUCUGCAGGUAGAAGCGUCAAAAGAAGUUGAGAAAGUUAAGAUAAAGUCUGAGUUGAAUAUAAAUCAGCAGGAAGUACAACUAAUGUUGCAUAAUGCCAAGGAAUUAAGCGCUAGCACUGACGGAUCAAUCAAACCUACAGCUCUUACCUUUGUUAUAAAGUCUGAAGAACCUUUGGAUCUCAACAGUGAUCAUGAAGGCCUAUCGCCUCAGGAUGGGCAAGACCAUUUAACUGAUGAAGAAAUGUUUCUUAUGAAAAAUGAAGAUUAUAGCUCGAGUGAUGACAUGCCCCUUACAUCUUUGGGCAAAACCAAUCUCUCCUCUUCAAAUAACAAAGUUUCUGCUACAAAAAGAUCAGUAGAGGAGUUUGAUGAACUGGUAGCUUUGUGGCGUUCCUCCUUGGAAUGUGAAAUUUGCCAUCAGCUGGUGGCCAGCUAUUCCCAGUUGAAGGAACAUUUUAGCAACUUUCAUGCUUCAGAAGGUUGCUUCAUCAUGUGUUGCCAAUUGAGGUUGGAAACUCGUUACAAUGUUGAAAACCACAUACGCUAUCAUAAUGCCCCGCAGCAUCUAAGAUGUGAUGCUUGCCGUAAGUCUUACCGUUUGAAGAAAUAUUUGAGAAAUCACAUAAAAAAUGUCCACACCAGCAAGGGAGUUGAGAAAGAAGCUAAUGUCAUCGAGAAGUUGGAAGGAAAAUAUUGGUGCUGCAAGUGUUCGAAGGACUUUGCAUCGGACCAACAUUUGAAAAAACACAAUCGAAGUGUCCAUAAACCCAAGAAUUUUGAAUGUAACAUUUGCGAAAAAUCGUUUAUGCAUGCGGAUGUACUGCGCGAGCAUUUGGUUAGCCACAAAGGCGAAAAGUUGCACGCCUGCUCCUUUUGUCCCAAGUCAUUUACCUGGCGAUCAAAUUAUGGCGAGCAUAUGAGAAAAUUUCAUCCUCAUGAAUGGCAGAAGAUGCAAAAGGAGGCGGCCCAAAACGAGGCCCAAAGAGAGACUCUAAAAGGAUAUCGGCGAGAAGCUCGAGGAGAAUGUAUGGUCUAUGUUUGCAUUUAUUGCACCGUGGAGUACGACAAACGCCUUACCAUGCUCAAACAUAUCAAGCGAUGUCGAAGAGAUGGUGGCUCAAAAGAGACUAAAAUGGAGUUUCGGCUUGAAACUCGGGGAGAGAGUAUUGUUCAUAUUUGCAUUUAUUGUUCCAAAGAGUAUGAAAAGCGGGUUUCAAUGCAGAAUCAUAUCAGGCGAUGGCAUACAGAACAUCGACCAGUAGAGCUUAGAAAUGGAUAUCGGCGAGAAAUUCGGGAGGAGGGUAUGGUCUAUGUUUGCAGUUCUUGUUCCCAGGAAUAUGAAAAGCGGUAUUCCAUAUACAGUCAUAUAAGUCGAUGUCAAGGAAGCGAUAGACCAAUAGAGCCUAAAAAGGGUUAUCGGCGAGAAACUCGGGGAGAGAGUAUGGUCUAUAUUUGCAAUUUUUGUACUAAGGAGUAUACAAAGAUGAAAUCUGUACAUUAUCAUCUUUACAAUUUUCAUAGAGAUGAAGCAUCUUUAGCGAAGGAGGCACCAACAAUUUCUGAACCGCCAGUGUCAGGUGUGCAGCAACAACCGAUUCAUAGUAGACGAACUCGUAGUAGUAAUACCAGGAUUAUAGGGUCGAAUACUAAUGAUGUAGCCAACGUUACAUCAGAUGAUGAUACCUUAAGUGAGCUGAAAAAAGAAGGAGAAGAAGAUUCAUUGAUGACCCCUAUAGAGACAAACGAGUUGAAAGAUGAAAAUGCAACACAGACUUAUGUAAAGACCGAACAGUUUUCAGCUGACACAAAUGCCUUGGUAAAAAAGGAAAUGGAUGACCAAGAAAUGUCACAAGAUUUUAAAGAGGCUACUUGGGAAACUGAAAAAUUUAUAAAAUCCGAAGAAGAAUUUAUUUAGUUUUAAGCAAAGGCUUAAGACCUUGCUUAAUAUUGGAAUAUUGAAGAAACAAAGGUGUAAAAAUUAUAACCACUCUCAAUUAGCCAAAAUUUUCUGGCCUAAAAUCCUUACAAAUGACUUUUGUUCGCUUGAAACAUACAUAAACAUGUUUUCUCACUAUAAAAUCAGUUAUCUUGGCUAUACUAAAAAAUCUUCGCUUAAUAUUUCAAAAGAAGCUGUUGUUAUUGGGGAAAUACAGCUGUUGCGAUGACAUACACAUAGUACAACUGAAUUAGCUAAUUUUAUAGUAGAAACCCCUGCUAACAAAAUUUUCCGAUUUCGGUCCGACAAUCGGAUGAAUCAUACGAUAUCAGAUUCUAUGUCUGACCGACAUCGUAACUAAUAAUAAGAGAAGUGGUUGUCAUGUUGUCGGAACGACGCGGCUAAGGGAAAUGUGAUAUAUUUAUUACCAUAUAGUACCGAUAUCGGAGCAAAAUUCCGGGGAAAAUCGGAUGGGAAAUUUUGCGUCGCAUCGGAUUGGGACCGAAUUCGUUGACGAUUUCGGUUCGAUUUCUUGACGAAUGUCUUACAAAAUGUGGAUGAUCUUGCUGGCGAAUCGGUCCGAUUACUUGACGAUCAAACAACUUAUCUGACAACUGACAACUUACAACUGAUCAAACAAAACAAAAAUUGCAAGGCUACAGUCAACGGCUCUACAGGCAAUUCCAAAAAAAACGGAAACCACCACUUAUGUACAUUCCACACAUGUGGUAACGAAAUAUUGCGUGCAAAAAUAAAAAUGAACCAAACCAAUUUCUUUCCGAGUUUGGUAAGAAUUGUCGUAUGUUUCGUCCGACUUUGUGCAGACAUGUCAAACAAAGUCGGAUCAUAUUGUUAGCUGGGAACCCAGGAUUCACUAAUAAAAGGUAAACUCACUUGCGAAACAUAAAGUGGAUAGGUUCCAUGAACAUCAAUAAAAUGGUCAAAAUCUGCCUAUUGUAAAUGUUAACAUAUUUAAGUUAAAUUUGUUUUUCUCUGACAACAUGCAGCAUAUUGCAUAUGAAGGCAUUGUUUUUAUGUUUUGUUAUCUUGAAAUAUUUCAUGUUUGUGUAUUUUAUCAAUUCGAAUUGAAUUUGAAUGCGAAGAAACACACAGUGCAAACAAGUAAAAAAAAACAAAGGAUUGCCAUAUGUUUUUCACAAAUAAGUGUGGUCACAUUGCAGAAAUGACUCUAUUGUGAAUGGCAAAAUAAAAUUAAAACCAAUUAUUUACACGAUUGCUUGCACAAAUCUUUAUAAAUUUGAUUCGACUUCUAUGCUCACACAUGGUUUGCAAAUUUUAUUUAUACAUUUUACAAAUAUUUGCCCUUUUUUCCUCGUAUUGUUUUAAAAGGUUGGCAUAUAGAGUUACCACAAACAAAACAUGGCAAACAAACAGCCUUGCAUUGGAAAAUUUUGUUGCGUUAUAUUUUUGCCCUUCACGGCGUAUCCAUCCAGUACUAAAAUAAAUCAUAGCAAUUAUGUAUUAACACCAUUGAUCACCCUUGCAUAAGGUGAUCAGUUUGAUAUUUGAAAACCGGUUACUUGCUUACAAAUUGCCAUUUUUCGGGUUUUUUCUAAAUCCGUUUCUUGCCAAAACCAACCGAUUUCGUACUUAUGACACAUUUCUAACCAUAUUUUGUGAUAUUUGCCAGUUUCAUUUCAGAAAUAUUUCCUUGGGGUUUGGCCAAGAUUCACUUAACGGGGUUACGUUAAGCGAUCAGCCGUAGUAAUUUUUUUUUUAUUUUUGAAUCUUCGUCAUUAAGUUUGCCAAACAUGUUAUUGUUUACGUUUUUCUUAUAUGUCUGCAAUAUGCUGCAUUUUGUCAGAAAAAAUUGUUACCUACAUUUGUUAUCAUUCACAAUGAGCAGAUGUUGAUAGUAUUAAUUAUGUUCAUGGGGCCUAUCCACUUUAUGUUUUCGCAAGUAGCUUAACCUUAUAUUAGUGAAUCCUGGGGUUUGGCUUUAUAGUCUUUGAAAUGACGAUAUAAUUCAGUCUUUAAGGAAAAUUUCUUCAAUAUUUUGACUAUAAAGAUAACAUAAUCUAUAUGACAGCUAUAAAUAUAUAUAUAGUACGAUUGAGGCCAUAUUUAGCAAAAAUAACCACAUGGUCAAUACUCACUGAUUCAAAUUUCAUCAAAAUCGGAUAAAACUUUGCACGUUAUAACCUUUAGACCCAAAAUCGGCAGAUUGGUCUAUAUGGCAGCUAAAUCUUAAUAUGGUCUAAUUUUGUCAUGUCUAGAAUUUAAUUUU